AUGGGAGUAACGAAUCUACUGCAACAUUUAAAAUCCAACGAGAAGAAUGUUAAUAUAAAGAAAUAUUCCGGAUGUGUAGCGGCAAUCGACGCCAUGUGUUGGAUCCACCGUGGUCUAAUAUCAUCGGCAGUGGCCAACGUUCGGAAUGAAAUUUGUGAUAAAUAUAUGAAAUUUAUUAUUUCAAUGCUUCAACUACUGAUUAAGCUCAGUAUCACACCAAUCAUGGUGUUUGAUGGGUACGAAAUGCCGGCAAAAAAGAACGAAAAUUCUAUUCGAAGGGAGCGGAGAAACAAAGCUAGAGCUGAGGCUUUGGAGAUGAUAAGGAAGAACAAGGGCAAAAUCAAUACUGAAAUUAUGAGAAAAUGUAUGCAGGCGAUCCAGAUAACACCUGAAAUUGUUCAUCGAGUUAUCACAAUAUGUAAGAAAGUCAACGUUUCGGUUGUAGUUUCGCCCUAUGAAGCUGAUGCACAAAUUUCAUACCUCUGCCGAACCGGGAUUGCCGACUUUGCCAUUAGUGAGGACAGUGAUUUAAUCGUCUACGGAUGCCCUAAAAUUAUAUUCAAGUUGAAUAAAGAAGGGAAAGGUGUAGAGUUAAACGUCCCUUUUUUCAAUAAACAGAAUAAAUUAGUACACCUACCAGCCAAGAAAACACAAACUCUCCUUACCAACACUACUGGUGAUAAGCCUAAUAAUGUCAACAGUAGUGAUAAAAAUAAUCAGAAAGAUGAUAAGGAUAAUAAGAAAAAAGGCAAGGAAACAGAUUUUGCGGAUAUACCCUACGACCUGGAUGGUAAUAUGCUGAAGCUGAUAGAGUAUGAUAAGUUUAUAAUGAUAUGUAUAUUAAGUGGUACUGAUUACGACGACAAGUAUCACAUAGGCGGAAUAGGCAUAAAGGUAGCCUGUAAACUGAUGUUACAAUACCAAACUAUUGAAACAUUAUUAGAAUAUUUAGUUGGUAAUGGCAAGUACAAGUUACCUGAAAAGGUACCACACCAAGAACUACUAUCACACUAUAAAAAUAUCUAUAACAUAUUCCUCUACAACGUCGUAUAUAAUCCCACAGAUAACGCUCUAGUCCACAUUAACAACAAAGUUGAACUUGACGGUGCUAAUGGCUACUUCAGUUACUUGAAUGACAUGGUCCUAAACUUGAAAGAAAAGGGAGUCAGCUUCAUUAAAAUCGCCCAGGGUGUGGUGUCAGUCCACGAUCACAGUGAAAUUAAUUACUCACUCACGGAAUCAGAUUUAAGCAUGGUUGAAAGCCUGAAAAAUAGUUUAAUCCUUAAACUAUACAAAUUUGAAGUAACCAUUGCCACCAAGUUUUCUCUCAUUGAUAUCGCUAACGACUUGGUCAAGCCUGAUGUUACACACUCGGAUACCGCAGUUAAGACUAAAUUGGAGCCUAAGAAGGAAGAAUCUGAGGAGAAAGACUAUAAAUUACUUACUAAUUAUAAGAAUAUUAAGGCUGAACUAUUAAACCAACAGAAUGGUAAAGUGGAUAAGGUAAAGAAUCGUAUCAGUCCUGUGAAGUGUAAGGUAGAAAGGGGAGUCAAGAGGAAGAAUAUAAAUAACUUGCUAAAUAACACUGAGAUAUAUGUGAUAAAGCGUAAGAAGAGAUGA